CUCUCCUGAUCCCUCGUCGACCGGUAUCACGCUCGUUUUCUUGUUUAUCUCUUCUUUCUCCUGACUAAAUUCGUCAAUACAUUGCACCUCGCUCACUCAGUUUGUGCUACUGGCGCAAUUGCAACAUGAAAAUGAUCAUCCGGAGCUCAUUGCUGGCCCUGCUCGCAACCACCGCUUCCGCAGUCGGCACGGGAGCCUGCACCACCAGCGUCCAGCAGGCUGUCCAGAAUCCCUCCUUCGAGGACGGUACCACAGACUGGACUAUCGCGACUGGAGCGGCAGGAAGCGUCUACGACACCUACCGGACUUCGUCAGCCCCCGAUGGCAGCUACGUCAUAGCCAUCAAUGGCGAUUUGGCCUCUAACGGCCUCUCCCAGACCCUGACCGAUCUGGCUGUGGGGAGUACCUAUACGCUCAGCCUGUACUGGCAACUCUUGUCGAUAGGCACAGGAACCUGCUCGCUCAACGUCUACAUCGACUCUGCGGAGAGCAGCAAUGUGGCGGCCACCGGGCAGCUCACAUCGGCGAGCAGUGCCUGGACCCAAGUCACUGGCCAGUGGACGGCGACCAGCACAACACACGAAUUGAUGGUGGAUUUCACCUGCACGGCUGGCAGCUUCUCGAGCAGCUCGGAGGUUAAUUUCGACGACAUCACUUUCACUGGUCCUACCGUGGUCAACUGCCCAACUUCGACGGUACAGACUUCAAAUUCGACUCCCACUCCGACGCCCUCCGUUGCUUCAGCAUCGUCCUUUACGCCUGUGGUUGCUAUGACUUCUUCUAGCAGCCCAGCUGCCACAUCCUCCCCGGUGCUCUUCACCUCUGUUCCCGUGCAGAGCAGCAGCAGCGCAUUCACCAUCAUCCCCUCCGUUCGUCCAUCAUCGGCAGCGGUGCGGCCAUCGUCCAGUUUCCCCGUGCAAGCGUCAUCCGCCUCAUCAUCCGUUCGCGUGACGCCAAGCCUGCUGACCCCAGCUCAUCAGCUCUCGGCCUCAUCAUCUAGUGCGCCGUCCAGCUCGGCUGCAGUCCAGAGCCUCACGUCCACUGCCCUCUUCGGUAGCAGUACAGCGAUCGCGGCGACCGAGACGGACGUGAACGCGGUGACCUCCACUGUCUAUGCGACCGUUACCGCGACUUUCACCGUCGCAUGUUGA